UUGAGGAGCACUUCAGAUUCGACCCAAGACGACGACCAAGUGUUCUCGAUUAUCGGCGUGCGGAUCUUCUCUCUCCCAAAAACCCAACUCUUAUCGAUCGAGCGAGCGAUAAUGGCCAACAGUAAUCUCCCCCGAAGAAUCAUAAAGGAAACGCAACGUCUGCUCAGUGAACCUGCUCCGGGUAUAAGUGCAUCUCCAUCUGAGGAGAACAUGCGUUACUUCAACGUUAUGGUUCUUGGUCCUUCACAAUCGCCUUAUGAAGGAGGAGUUUUCAAGUUGGAGCUCUUUUUGCCUGAAGAAUACCCUAUGGCAGCUCCCAAGGUUAGGUUUCUCACCAAGAUAUACCAUCCUAACAUUGAUAAGCUUGGAAGAAUCUGUCUUGAUAUUCUGAAAGACAAAUGGAGCCCUGCUUUACAAAUUCGAACAGUGCUCUUAAGUAUUCAAGCUCUUCUGAGUGCACCCAACCCUGAUGAUCCAUUGUCUGAGAACAUCGCUAAGCACUGGAAGAGUAAUGAGGCAGAAGCUGUGGAGACAGCUAAGGAAUGGACCCGUCUUUACGCAAGCGGCGAAUGAUGCAGUCGAGGGCGAAAAGAUCUCAUUCAUCCAAAUAACAUUACAUUUGGUGAAGUCUUAUCUUUUGUUGGUUCUUCCUCAUUAUGAUAAAAGUGUGUGUUUCGGCACACGAAGUUGUAAUCUCUCUGUAUGAUUGUAUCAUUAACUAAUAGGGUCAAGACUCGUUCAUCCAAAUAACAAUACAUUCACUAGUUGCAUUCCAAACGAAAUGCGAG